AGCGUCUGGGAUGCUGGCUCUCUGCACUGCGGUGUCUCUCGCCCGGCUCCGCCGGCCUGGGCUGACGCGCAGAGGCGGUAGGGUGCCCAGAGGAGCCCAGCCGCAGCCCCCACCGCAGUGACGGGCGGGGCAGAGGCGGGCCGGAGGGGCGGCCUCUUGGUACCCGGGCGGGACUUCCAGCAGCCCUGCGGGCGCCCCUCUCCCGGCUCACAGGCUCUCAGCUGUAGUUCCUGAGUGGGAUCCCGCAGGUGCAGGAACAAGGGCAGCCUGGAUCUCAGAGGAAGCAUCACCCACUCUCCUCUGGUCCCGACAUCCACAACUCGGCCAAGAAGUGACGGUGAGGCUUGGGCUGCCCAAAGGGAGGGGGCGAUUCCAAGACCCACCCUGUAGCAUCCCGGGUGGCUACCUCAGCAGCUACAUAGUCUCAGGCCAGCCUGGGAGGGGAGAGGCGCUCUAGACAGAUCACAUGGACUCUCGCUGCCGUGACACCUCUGCACAUCUGACCUGCACAUCUGACUCGUUUUCACGUCCCUUUCUUGUUCUUCCUACUGCAACCUUCCAAGUCGGUCUGCAGCCUCUCUCAGUACUCCAGGCACGAAAGGCAAGGAGACAUAUAGACUGCAGCCCUUUCAGCUUCCUGUCUUACUCCGUCCCUGGGGACCCUUGAGAGCUAGGGGCGCCUGGCACGAUGCUGGCCCUUUAAACCUUUGCUUUCCACCCAGAGUAUCUUCCAUCUCUCCAUAAGCGCCACUUCCGACAGCUGGCAACCGUGGGGAGCCCGGAGGAAGGGGGCAGGGUGGGCACCAUGCCCGGCCUGUACUGCCUCUCCAGCUGGACGCCGCUGCCACUCACCGACUCCAGUGUCCGGGCUUAUGCCAAGGGACCCUGCCUCAGCCUGCGGGCCCGGCUCACCUACCACAACCCGCAGCCCCAGCCCGUGGACGGCGUGUUCGUGUACCCGCUGGCUGAGGCCGAGGUGGUAUCUGGCUUUGAGGCUGAGGCGGCUGGACGGCGAGUCUCCUUCCAGCUGCAGAGCCGGCGUCGCUCGCAGGCCGCCUGCUGCCGCGCUCUGGGCCCGGGACUGGGGAUCUCUACGCCCCGUCGCUGCGCACAGGGUCAUCUUGUCUUGGAUCUGGCCCAAGCUCGGUCCACAUUGGUGCUGCCCACUGGCCUUGUUGCUGCGGCUGGUACCAUGACCGUGACCCUGUGCAGCAGCCGGGAGUUGCCCUCCAGGCCUGAUGGGGUGAUGCAUGUGGUCCUGCCCACUGUGUUCACUCCACUGGCCCAGCCAGGCCUGCCAGGGUCCCCCAGGUCUCCGGGGCUCUGUGACGACAGGUUGGGCCUAUGCCCCACCAGCUGCUUCGGGAUAGGCAGCCCUGAGGAGGAAAGGCUGACAUGGGAGCAAGCAGCGGCCCCUCCGGACGUGUUCUCAGGCCCCGCGCGCUGUCCUGCUCCAUACACCUUCUCAUUCGAGAUGCUGGUGACUGGACCGUGUCUGUUGGCAGGCCUGGAGAGCCCCUCGCAUGCCUUGCGUGCAGAUGCCCUCCCUCAUGCCAGCUCUGCAGCUACGAUCUGUGUUACCCUGGCAGAGGGCCAUCGAUGUGAUCGGGCCUUGGAGAUCCUUUUGUACCCCAGUGAGCCCCAUCAGCCACACUUGAUGUUGGAGGCUGGCAGCUUGAGCUCGGCAGAAUAUGAGGCCCAAGUGAGGACCCGCCAUGACUUUCAGAGGUUGCAGCGAAGGGACAGUGAUGGGGACCGGCAGGUGUGGUUCCUACAGCGACGUUUCCAUAAGGACAUCUUGCUGAACCCUGUGUUGGUGCUGAACUUCUGCCCAGACCUGAGCUCCAAGCCUGGACACCUGAGUGAAGCUACCCGGGAGCUCCUCUUCCUGUUAGACGGCAGCGGAGCAGGACACAAGGAUGCUAUUGUUUUGGCUGUAAAAUCCCUCCCAGCCCAGACACUUGUCAACCUAGUCAUGUUUGGGACAUUGGUCCAGCCCCUUUUCCCAGAGAGCCGGCCUUGCAGUGAUGAGACUGUACAGCAGAUCUGUGAGAGCAUCGAGGCUCUUCAGGCCCCUAGUGGCUCCCCUGAUGUGCGAGCUGUAUUGGACUGGGCCUUAGGGCAACCUCAGCACAGGGCCUACCCUCGACAGCUGUUCCUGAUCACGGCUGCCUCGCCAACGGCUGCCACUACUCACCAAGCCCUGGAGUUCAUGAGGUGGCACAGAGGGGCAGCCAGGUGCUUCUCCUUUGUGUUGGCACCUGCUUGCCACCAGCUGCUCCAUGGCUUGUCUGUCCUCAGCAGGGGGCAGACCUAUGUCCUGAGGGCUGGGGAGAGACUGCAGCCCAAGUUGGUGCAGGCCCUGCGGAAGGCACUGGAACCUGCUCUGAGUGACAUCUCCGUGGACUGGUUUGUGCCUGAUGCGGUGGAGGCGCUGCUCACCCCCCGGGAGAUCCCAACACUCUACCCUGGGGACCAGCUGCUUGGCUACUGCUCACUUUUCAGGGUGGAUGGCUUCCGGUCCCGUGCUCUAGGGGGCCAAGAGCCUGGUUGGCAGAGCUCGGGUGGUUCAGUGUUCCCAUCUCCAGAGGAGGGAGUAUCUGUCACCAGCCCUGGCACUGAGCCUACACACACCACAGAGCUGCUGGGGACAGGCACUGUGUCAGCAGAGCUGCCAAGCCCAUGGGCUGUGGGAGACGCAGAGCAGAGUAUGGAAGCUCUGACAGACCCAGUCACGGACCCUGGACCCAACCCCUCCUCCGACACAGCUAUAUGGCGCCGUAUCUUCCAGUCUUCAUAUAUCCGGGAGCAGUACGUGCUUACGCACUGCUCCGCCAGCCCUGAGCCAGGCCCAGGUUCCACGUGCAGCAGCGAGUCCCCAGGCUCCCAAGGCCCUGGCUCCCCCAGUGGUAGCCUUCCCCUGGAUCCCCCUUCUCAGCAGGGCUGCCGAAGCCUGGCCUGGGUAGAACCUGCAGGCUCCCGCUCCUGCCCGCUACCUGUACCCCCACCAUCUCCGUUCAAGGUGGGAGCCUUGAGUGCUGAGGUGCUGGGCCGCCCGCACAGAGCAGCUCUGGCUGGCCGAAGUCUUUCAUCUCCCUCAGGCCGGGCAAACCCAGUCCUUGGUAGACCCAGGCACCCGUCUCUAGAUGCAAUACCAGAUGGAUCAGGCCCUGAGCCAGGACAACAGCUGGGUCAAGGCCUGGAUGAUUCAGGAAACCUGCUCUCCCCAGCCCCCUUGGACUGGGAUAUGUUGAUGGAACCAUCUUUCUUGUUCAAGGCUGUGCCACCCAAUGGGGAAUCAGCCCCUCCAGCAGAGCCUCUGCCUCCCCAGACUCCACGUUGUCACGUGGUGAUCCGGGCCCUGUGUGGGGAGCAGCCGAUGUGCUGGGAGGUGGAGGUUGGGCUGGAGGAACUCUGGGGUCCUGGGAAUGGCUCACAACCUGCACCGCUCCCUGUGAGAGAAGCCGCAUGGGAUCAGGCACUCCACCGGCUGACAGCAGCCUCUGUGGUCCGGGACAACGAACAGCUGGCUCUCCGCGGAAGAGCUGAAACCACAGCUGAGCCCGGUCGAGUCAGAAGGUCCUGGCUCCGAGCCAUUCAGACAAGCAAGGUUAGCUGUGCCCCAUCCUGCUUUACCUGCCCUGUGGCUGUAGAUGCUGUCACUAGGGAGGUCUUGCCUGGAGCCCUACAGGUGUGGAGUUCAGAUCCAGCUGAGCUCUUAGGCACGUCUGCCUCUCGAGACCACCCAGCUGCGGCCCCUCCGCCCACAGCACUCCACUCUAAAGGUAGGGCUCAAAUGCAGUGGGCUGGGCACAGGCGGGCUGGAGACCACUUGCUGGGAUGGGGUGACCCUACUGUAGGACAUCAGGGAGGCUCUUCUGCAGGUGCCGGGGAACUGCACCUAAAUGACAACCCCAAGUCAGCAUUGGGGGAGCCCAGAUCCCCUCCUGGAGGUCAUCAUGACUUGCCCUACCAGCCUCCAGCCUCUUCCAGGCUCAGCCUGGGUCGUCAUCGCAGACUUCGCAGCUCCAAUAAGGGCCAGACAAGCGAGAGCAACAAUGAAGGCAGCAAUCAUGACUACCUGCCUUUGGUGCGACUGCAAGAAGCACCAGGCUCCUUCCGCCUGGAUGAACCCUUCUGUGCUGCUGUGUGCAUUCCUCAAGACCGCCUGUGCCGAGCCUCACCCUUUGCGGCACACCGCGCCAGCCUCAGUCCCACCUCAGCCUCAUCUCCUUGGGCACUUCUGGGCCCUGGUAUUGGCCAGGGUGACAGUGCCACAGCCUCCUGCAGCCAGUCACCCAGCUCAGGCUCUGAGGGUCCAGGCCAGGUAGAUAGUGGGCGGGGCUCCGAUACCGAGGCCUCAGACGGAGUGGAAAGGCAGGGCAGCUGCGAUCUGCGAGGGCGCACUUGGGCCACAGCUGUGGCCCUGGCAUGGCUGGAGCACCGCUGUGCUGCUGCCUUCGGCGAGUGGGAACUGACUGCAUCCAAAGCUGAUUGCUGGCUCAGGGCCCAGCACCUGCCUGAUGGCCUUGAUCUGACUGCUCUUAAAGCCGCUGCCCGGGGCCUCUUCCUGUUACUGCGACACUGGGACCAGAAUCUGCAGCUACACUGGCUGUGUUACAGCCCUGCAAAUGUGUAA